AUGGGCACCGCUGCCAGGGACAAUGUGGGCCCAUCUCGGGGCCCGGGCAUCGCAACCAGGGACGCCGUGGGCACAUCUUGGGGCACCGCCGGCUCAGCCUGGGACACGGACCCUGUUGCCAGGGACAACGUGGGCGCAUCCCGGGGCCCGGGCACCGCAUCCAGGGACGCUGUGGGCACAUCUAGGGGCCCGGGCACCGCAACCAGGGACUCUUUGGGCACAGCUCGGGGCACCGCCGUUGGAGCCCGGGACACGGGCACUGCUGCCAGGGACGCUGUGGGCGCAUCUCGGGGCAAGGGCGCAGCAACCGGGGACAAUGUGGGCACAGCUCGGGGCACCGCCGUUGGAACCCGGGACACGGGCACCGCUGCCAGGGACAAUGUGGGCACAUCUCGGGGCACGGCCGCAUCUCGGGGCACCGCCGGCGCAGCCUUGGACAUGGGCACUGUUGCCAGGGACAACGUGGGGGCAUCCCGGGGCACGGGCACCGCAACCAGGGACGCUGUGGGCACCUCUAGGGGCACGGGCACCGCAGCCCGGGACGCUGUGGGCACAUCUAGGGGCACCGGCGGCGCAGCCUUGGACACGGGCACUGUUGCCAGGGGUAACGUGGGCGCAUCCCGGGGCAUGAGGACCGCAGCCCGGGAUGCUGUGGGCGCAUCUGGGGGCACGGGCACAGCAGCCCGGGACGAUGUGGGCGCAUUUUGGGGCACCGCCGGCGCAGCCUGGGACACGGACACUGUUGCCAGGGGCAACGUGGGAGCAUCCCGGGGCAUGGGGACCGCAACCAGGGAUGCUGUGGGCACCUCUAGGGGCACGGGCACCGCAGCCCGGGACUCUGUGGGCGCACCUCGGGGCACCGCCGGAGUAGCCUUGGACACGGGCACUGUUGCCAGGGGCAACGUGGGAGCAUCCCGGGACUCUGUGGGCGCACCUCGGGGCACCGCCGGAGCAGCCUUGGACACGGGCACUGUUGCCAGGGGCAACGUGGGAGCAUCCCGGGGCACGAGGACCGCAGCCCGGGAUGCUGUGGGCGCAUCUGGGGGCACGGGCACCGCAGCCAGGGACAAUGUGGGCACAUCCAGGGGCACGGGCACAGCAGCCCGGGACGAUGUGGGCGCAUCUUGGGGCACCGCCGGCGCAGCCUUGGAGACGGGCACUGUUGCCAGGGGCAACGCGGGAGCAUCCUGGGGCAUGGGGACCGCAGCCAGGGAUGCUGUGGGCGCAUCUUGGGGCACCGCCGGCGCAGCCUUGGAGACGGGCACUGUUGCCAGGGGCAACGUGGGAGCAUCCCUGGACACGGGCACUGUUGCCAGGGGCAACGCGGGAGCAUCCCGGGGCCUGGGGACCGCAACCAGGGAUGCUGUGGGCGCAUCUUGGGGCACCGGCGGCGCAGCCUUGGAGACGGGCACUGUUGCCAGGGGCAACGUGGGAGCAUCCCUGGACACGGGCACUGUUGCCAGGGGCAACGCGGGAGCAUCCCGGGGCCUGGGGACCGCAACCAGGGAUGCUGCGGGCGCAUCUUGGGGCACCGGCGGCGCAGCCUUGGAGACGGGCACUGUUGCCAGGGGCAACGUGGGAGCAUCCCUGGACACGGGCACUGUUGCCAGGGGCAACGUGGGCGCAUCCCGGGGCCUGGGGACCGCAACCAGGGAUGCUGUGGGCGCAUCUUGGGGCACCGGCGGCGCAGCCUUGGAGACGGGCACUGUUGCCAGGGGCAACGUGGGAGCAUCCCUGGACACGGGCACUGUUGCCAGGGGCAACGCGGGAGCAUCCCGGGGCCUGGGGACCGCAACCGGGGAUGCUGUGGGCGCAUCCCGGGGCACGGGCACCGCAACCCGGGCACCUAGGCGCUCAGCCAAGAGCCCGACCGUCUUGGGUGGUGCCCCGGGCCCGCUGGAGUGGGUCGGUGCCCGCGAUGCCCCCGGGCUCGGUGCCCGCGCUGCCCGGGGCCGGCGGCCGGCGCGGCUGCGGCCGGUGCUGGAGUCGCUGAUCCUGCGGCGCGGGGCCCGGGCGGAGGCGGCCGAUACAGUCAACCGGCUGGCGGGGCUACUGCUUAGACGCCUGCCCGCCCGACACCCCGCCUUCCAGGGCCUCGCCAGGGUCGGCGCCGGCAGCUACUACGAGCACGUCAAGAUUUCAGCUCCGAAUGAGUUUGACAUCAUGCUCAAAUUGCCACUACCCAGAGUUAAACUAGAAGAAGUUGAUUCCAGUGGUGCUUUCUAUCGAGUGAAGUUUAAGAGAAUUCCACGAAGAAACCCCCUGACUAGCUUUUUGGAGGAUGAUGAGACGUUAUCAGCUUCUAAAAUACUUUCAAAAUUUAGGGAUCUCAUUAAGAAAGAAGUAAAAGACAUAAAUGAUAUGGACAUCGUUGUGGAAAGAAAGAAACCUGGAAGUCCUGCAGUAACCCUUCUUAUACAAAGCACUACUGAAAUAUCAGUGGAUCUAAUCCUGACUUUGGAAUUGAGAAGCUCCUGGCCCAUAAGUACAAAAAAUGGCCUAAACGUUGAGAAGUGGCUGGGAAACAAAGUAAAGCAGGAGUUAAAGUACGAACCGGUGUACCUCGUACCGAAGCAUGCUAAGGAAGGACGGAUUUUCAGAGCAGAAACAUGGAGGCUUUCCUUUUCACACAUUGAGAAGAAAAUAUUAAGAAAACAUGGACACACUAAAACAUGCUGUGAAUCUAAUGGAGUGAAAUGUUGCAGGAAAGAAUGCCUUAAACUAAUGAAGCAUCUUCUUGAAAAGCUGAAGAAAAAGUUUGAGGCUCAAACUGUGUUGGACAAAUUCUGUUCCUACCAUAUCAAAACUGCCUUUCUCAAUCUAUGUGCCAUUCACCCAGAGGAUGACCAGUGGCAGUUAAGUGACCUGGACAGAUGUUUUGACAACUGUAUCGUGUAUUUUCUUCAGUGCCUCAGAAAUGGACAACUUAUUCAUUUUUUUAUUUCCACAUACAAUCUCUUCAAUCCUGACCAGAUAGACAAGACUAGUAUAGAAUGUCUGAUAAAAGAAAUUGAAUUUGAAAGAAACAAUAUGUUCCCUGUGUUUGAUGAAUGAAUCACACUAUUUGAAAGGUGAAAGAUUUAAAAUGAGCACUACCAGUUAACUUCAUAUAUAAGUGGAAUUAGAAGCAUUAAACAAUCCAAUUUUAAUUCAA